AUGAUGGCAUCUGCUGACCUGAGAGAAGAAUUAAACUGCUCCAUCUGCCUGAAUAUUUAUACCGAUCCAGUAACUCUAACUUGUGGACACAACUUCUGCCUGCUCUGCAUUGGGAAUGUGCUGGAUACACAGCAGGAAUCUGGAGUUUAUACCUGUCCUGAGUGCAGAGCAGAGUCACAGGAUCGUCCAGCACUGCAGAGAAACACAACUCUGUGUAACAUCGUGGAACGCCUCCAAUCUGCUCAGCCAGGACAGCCAGUACAGCCAGUAAAGGAAGUUACAGGGAUUCCUUGUACUUACUGUCUCCAUGCUUCUGUACCUGCUGCUAAAACAUGUCUGCAUUGUGAAGCUUCUCUGUGUGGAACCCACCUGAAGGUCCACAGUAAGUCAGCAGAACACAUUCUAAUAGAACCCACCCACUCCCCGCGGAAUAGGAAAUGCUCCGUCCACAACGAAAUCCUAAAAUAUUACUGCACCGAGGAUUGCACCUGUAUCUGUGUUUCCUGCAGCCUGGCUGGUAGCCACAAAGGACACCAUUUUGACACUCUAAAUCAUGCCAAUAAGAAGAAAAAGGAGAAACUGAUACAAAUUCUAGCAGAGCUAAACCUGCAAAAAGAGAACGCAGAGAAAAGAAAUCAGCACCUGGAGAAACACAUGGCAAUUGUGAAAGGAAAAGCAGCUGGUUUAAGAAAACUAGUGACUAAAGAGAUUUUGGAUAUAAAGAAACAUUUGGAGCUUCUAGAGAAGAGUGUCCUGAAUGAGAUCUCAAGACAAGAAGAUUUAAUCCUACUUGACUGCUCACAUCUAAUGCAGAAGGAGGAAAAAAGGAUGAAUGAACUCUCCAAGAAGAUAAGUCACACUACGGAAUUAUUAAAAACACCUGAUCCAUUAAAUGUUUUGCAAGAAAAGCAAUCUCUCAGGAAUGGAUUUUGUGACGCUCCAAAGAAAGAAGGAGAAAAGGAUCUAGAUAUCCCGGGUAUUGCACAAGUAUUUCAGAUGAACUUAGCGGUUUUAAUACAAGACUUAAAGAAAAGGCAUAAUAUUAUAAUGGUUUCAAAGACGUUGCUGGAUGUAAAAAUAACAACAGACAUAUUUCUAGAUGAAAACACAGCCAGUAAUCUAGUAAGUGUAUCGAAAUGCUUGCAAAGUACCUACGCAGUAUGCUACAGCCAGAGUCGUCCAGACACCCCGAUGAGAUUUCAGUAUUAUCCUCAGGUUUUAAGCAACAGAGUAAUUACCUUUGGACGACACUACUGGGAAGUGGAGACCAGUAAGGAUGGGUGGAUUAUAGGGAUGGCCUAUCCCAGCAUAGACAGAAAGGGACGUCUGUCAUACGAUCAUAGCUACUCUGGUAAAAUAGAGUCUUUUGUUGGAGAUUGCAAAUCCUGGAGAUUACGAGCCUACAGGAACAAUUAUUCAGUGCUUUCUGACAGGAUGGUAAGUACUUUAAAUUGCAGACCAUCCUGCCAGAGAUUAGGGAUAUACUUGGACUAUGAGUUGGGGCUGUUGUCAUUUUACGAGAUGGGUGACUCCAUCACACACUUACACACCUUCAAUGCCACCUUCACAGAGCCUCUUCUUGCUGCCAUCUGUGUUUGGGAUCAAGGCAGGGUGAGGAUCAUUGGCAGUAUUAAUGAUCUGAACAUCUGUCAGGUCUAGGAUAGCACUCCCUGCGAUAAAUCUACUGAGAGACAGAAGUAGGUGAAAUGUGUGGGAAGUGUGUUUUGUAGAUUUAAUAUGGGGUCUGGAAUAUUUUACGUUGACAAAGAUUUGCCUAGUGCAGGGUUCUCCAAUCUCUUGGUCUCCAAAUGUUGUAGAACUACAAUUCCCAUGAUUCCCUGGCUAUCUAUUUAAUUCAAAGAAUUAUGAGAGUUGUGGUUCAGCAACAUCAGGAGGACCAGAGUAUUGAGAACCAUGGCUUAGCCCUAGUGCCUUGCUAGCUCACAGAACACCUCUUCCUAAACUGCCAUCUCACACCAAAAGUCGUGGAUAGAGUUGCUUGUCUAUUUCUGCCUAAACUCACCCGCCACAUCCUAAAUCCAAUUUGCAUAAAGGGUGAUCUGGUUUUA